AGUCUUGCAUCCAUAGUUUAUACCUUUUCUUUUAUUUCUUCUUUUGUUCUCAUUCAAAUUCGCCUGUAUUCUUUCUUAUGGUAUACUGUUGGUAAAAUAUCUCUCAACUUUCAAAGCCUCUCUUUAUCCCUUAAACAAACAGACACGCACGGAGAGACAAAUCCUACUACUAACUCUUGUUUAUCUUAGUGUGUCAUCACACUGUGGACGGUUCUGUGUCAAAACAAACCAACGAUUUUGAAGGUUUGAGACAGCAACAUGAUGAUGUUGCGGUUAGUCUAUGCUCUUAUCUUGGGGUUUGUGGCUUUGAAUUGCUUGCAAGUGUUUGAAGAAUCCAAUGCUCAACGCAUACCGCGAGAUGAAGUGAAAGCACUACAAGCAAUAUCGGAUAAACUAGAGAACGUGAAUUGGAAAGUCACAGAACGUUACUGCAUAGAGGAUGGAGGCUUCAAUGGCAAGAUUAAUAUAGACAAUGACAUCGUAAGGAAUGUCACAUGCGAUUGCACUUUCCAAAAUAAAUCAGUUUGCCAUGUUGAUAAGAUCUUUCUGAAGGGUCAAAAUAUAUCAGGAGUUUUCCCCAGUGAAUUUGGAAAUCUCACACAACUGAAAGAACUUGAUCUCACUCGCAACUAUCUCAGUGGCUCACUUCCAACAAAUUUUUCUCCCAACUCCCUGGUCGUUUUGUCCCUUCUGGGAAACCGACUAAGUGGACGAAUUCCCACAGAAAUCGGUGAUAUUGCUAGUCUUGAGGAACUGGUCUUAGAAUGUAAUCAACUUGAAGGCCCACUUCCACCUAGUUUUGGAAAUUUGAGCAAGUUGAAGAGACUGCUUCUUUCUGCAAAUAAUUUUACAGGGACCAUACCAGAAACAUAUAGCAAACUAAAGAAUCUCACUGAGUUUAGGAUAGAUGGAAGCAGUUUAUCUGGACCAAUACCCAGUUUCAUUGGGAACUGGACCAAUCUUAUCAGACUGGAUUUGCAGGGAACAAAUAUGGAAGGCCCGAUUCCUCCCACUAUAUCUCAGUUGAAACUUUUGACUGAAUUGAGAAUAACUGAUUUGAAUGGUGGACCAAGUAUGACAUUUCCUGAUCUGAAGAAUUUGACAAAAUUGAAACGACUGGAAUUGAGAAAUUGCUUAAUCACGGGUUCUAUUCCAGGUUACAUUGGAGAAAUGGCAAACUUGGCUACUUUAGACCUAAGCUUUAACAUGUUGACUGGUUCGGUCCCAGAUUCAAUACAAAAAUUGGAUAACCUAGACUACUUGUUCCUAACAAAUAAUUCUCUAAGCGGACCAAUUCAGGACUGGAUACUGAGCUUCAAGAAUAAUAUAGAUCUAUCUUACAACAAUUUUACAAACUCUUCUGCAACUAGCUGUCAGCUCUUGGAUGUGAACUUGGCUUCAAGCCAUUUUUCUUCAGCAGUAACUUCGGCGUCAACUUUUUGUUUGAAGAGGGACCUUCCUUGUGCAGAAAAACCCCAAUACAAGUCAUUGUUCAUAAACUGUGGAGGAGAUCAAGGGGUGUUUGAAGGCAAUAACUAUUUUGGUGACCUCCAGCAAAAUGGGAUUUCAAACUUUGUUCUUAGAAAUGAAGCACAAUGGGCUUAUAGCAGCACAGGAGUAUAUUUGGGAAAUGCUGAUGCUGGUUUUAUAGCACAAAAUACGUUUUCUUUGAAUAUUACGGGUCCAGAUUACUACCAAAAUGCUCGCCUUUCCCCUCUGUCGCUUAACUACUAUGGCCUUUGUCUUCCAAAGGGCAAUUAUAAAGUGAAGCUCCAUUUUGCUGAGAUAAUGUUUUCUAAUGAUCAGACUUUUAGCAGUCUAGGAAGGCGCAUAUUUGAUGUGUCAAUUCAAGGUAUUAGAUAUUUGAAAGAUUUUAAUAUUAUGGAAGAAGCUGGUGGAGUUGGAAAGAACAUCACUAAGGAAUUUGAUGUUGAUGUUGAUGAUGGCACCUUGGAAAUCCACUUAUACUGGGCAGGGAAAGGAACUACUGCCAUUCCUGAUAGAGGUGUAUAUGGACCUCUUAUAUCUGCUAUCGAGAUGAUACCAAACUUUGAGAAUCCUUCAAAAGGACUGUCUACUGGAGUCAUUGUUGGAAUUGUUGCUGCAUCUUGUGGGCUUGUCAUAUUGAUACUGGUUCUCCUUUGGAAGAUGGGUUUCAUUUGUAAGAAAGAUACAACAGAUAAAGAACUUCUAGAAUUGAAAACGGGUUAUUUCAGCUUAAGACAAAUUAAAGCAGCUACUAAUAACUUAGACCCUGCAAAUAAGAUAGGUGAAGGAGGAUUUGGGCCUGUAUACAAGGGUGUGUUGUCAGAUGGUCAUGUGAUUGCUGUUAAGCAGCUCUCCUCCAAAUCGAAACAAGGGAACCGUGAAUUUGUCAAUGAAAUUGGAAUGAUAUCUGCUUUGCAGCAUCCAAAUCUGGUGAAGCUUUAUGGCUGUUGCAUUGAAGGAAACCAGUUGCUACUAAUAUAUGAAUACAUGGAGAACAACAGUCUUGCUCAUGCACUUUUUGGUGAACAAGAGCAGAAGCUGCACUUGGAUUGGCCCACAAGAAUGAAGAUCUGUGUGGGGAUAGCAAGGGGAUUGGCUUAUCUUCAUGAGGAGUCAAGGUUGAAAAUAGUACACAGGGACAUUAAGGCAACCAAUGUCUUACUUGACAAGGAUCUGAAUGCCAAGAUCUCUGACUUUGGUUUAGCUAAGCUUGAUGAAGAAGAGAAUACUCAUAUCAGUACACGUAUAGCUGGAACAAUUGGUUACAUGGCUCCAGAAUAUGCUAUGAGAGGUUACUUGACGGAUAAAGCAGAUGUAUAUAGCUUUGGAGUUGUAGCUUUAGAGAUUGUCAGUGGAAAAAGCAACACAAAAUACAGGCCAAAGGAGGAGUUUGUAUAUCUUCUAGAUUGGGCAUAUGUUCUCCAAGAGCAAGGAAACCUUCUGGAAUUGGUGGAUCCAAAUCUUGGUUCAAAAUACUCCCCAGAGGAGGCCAUGAGAAUGCUGAGCUUGGCACUCUUAUGUACCAAUCCAUCUCCCACUCUUAGACCAACCAUGUCAUCUGUAGUGAGCAUGCUUGAAGGAAAAAUUCCAAUCCAAGCGCCGAUAAUCAAGCGCAGUGAGAGCAACCAAGAUGUAAGAUUUAAAGCCUUCGAAUUGCUAUCACAAGACAGCCAAACUCUUGUUUCUUCCGCAUACUCACAAGAAAGUAUGAAGCAAAGACACAUAUCAGAAGAUGGACCAUGGGUUGACUCCUCCAUAUCUCUUCCAAGUGGAGAUGAUUAUUCUUCAACCAGUAAACUUGUUUAAGAUUCACUUGAUGUGUGACUUCAUUAAAAAAAUUAAAGAGGACUACUAAACGUUAAAUUCCAGUUCUUUUUUGUAGGAGAUAAAUUUGCAGCACAGAGAGAUAGCACCUACAAUAUACUUAUCUAAUAGCAUAUACUCUUCAACGCGUUUUCAACACA